AUCGAUAGCGAUUGUUCUAGACUUCUAUAGUACUACUGUUCAGACACCAACUCUCAACUCACUCCAUCUCAGUUCACCCCGAUUCCUUAAACACAACACCCGUCUCUCUCUCCAUCUCCCCUCUCCUGUCCUAAUCCAGACAACCAAAUUCAAACAUCAGACACAAAGAUGUCAGAUCUCACGCCCACCACUCUCCGCAACAACGUUCCUCUAAGCCCAGACGAAGUCCUCGAGAUCGCGCUCGAGAGCGUGCUCGAGUUCCUCCCCUGCCAGCGCGACCGCAACGCCUUCUCUCUGGUCAACAAAUCGUGGAACCGCAUCGAAGCCGAGACGCGAUUCGAGGUCGUCAUCGGGAACUGUUAUUCCAUCUCGCCGCAGCGAGUGGUGAACCGGUUCAAAGCAAUUAAAUCGGUGGUUCUCAAGGGGAAGCCUCGGUUCGCUGAUUUCAGCCUCUUGCCGCCGGACUGGGGGGCGCGUUUUAGCCCCUGGGUUGUGGUGUUGAGCGGCGCUUAUCGAGGGCUGGAGAAGCUGUGUUUGAAGAGGAUGUAUGUGAGUAAUGAUGAUCUGGUGGUUGUGGCGAAUACGUUCGUGGGGUUUAAGGAGAUUAGGCUUGUUUGCUGCGAGGGGUUCGGGACUAGUGGCCUUGCUGUUCUUGCUGGCAAGUGUAGGCAACUUCGAGUUCUUGAAUUGAUCGAGGAUGAAGUAGCAGAUGAUGAGGAGGAUUGGAUUUCUUUCUUUCCAGGAGGUGCUACUUGUCUUGAAUCUUUGAUGUUUGAUUGUGUUGAGUGCCCAUUAAAUUUUAAUGCAUUGGAGAAACUAGUGGCUAGGUCACCAUCUUUGAAGAAGCUGAGAGUGAACAGAUACGUUUCACUUGGGCAGCUUCGCCAUUUAAUGAUUAUUGCCCCGCAGUUGACUCAUUUGGGGACGGGAUCAUAUGGUCCUUUGGAGGAUUUGGAGGAUCCUCUUCCUGCCAACGAACUACGAGAUCAUGUCUCUUCUGCAUUCGCGGCUUCAAAAUCAUUAGUUUGUCUUUCUGGGUUUAGAGAAAUUGUACCAUAUUUUCUGCCUGCUGUAUAUCCAGUCUGUGCAAACCUAACUUCUCUCAACUUAAGCUAUGCAAACAUACUUGUUGAGGAAUUCAAACAAGUUAUAAGUCAUUGCCAUAAACUCCAGAUUUUAUGGGUACUGGAUUUAAUAAGUGAUGGAGGAUUAGUGGCAGUGGCUGCCACUUGUAAGGAUCUUCAGGAGCUGAGGGUUUUCCCUAUGGAUACUAUAGAAGAUAAUGCUGGCCCGGUUUCUGAUGUGGGUCUUCAUGCAAUUGCCGAGGGAUGCAAGAAAUUGCAAUCAAUUUUGUUUUUCUGUCAGCAGAUGACAAAUGCUGCUGUGAUAUCGAUGUCAAUUAACUGUCCAGAUCUCAUCGUUUUUCGACUUUGUAUUAUAGGGCGAUACCGACCGGACCAUAGUACUGGAGAACCAAUGGAUGAGGGUUUUGGAGCAAUCGUGAAGAAUUGCAAGAAGCUAACAAGAUUAGCUGUUUCUGGUUUACUUACUGAUAGGGCUUUUAGCUACAUUGGACAGUAUGGGAAGUUGUUGCGGACCUUGUCGGUUGCUUUUGCUGGUGAUAGUGACAUGGGACUGACAUAUGUCCUUGAGGGUUGCCCUAAACUGGAGAAGCUUGAGAUCAGGGAUUCCCCUUUUGGAGAUAUAGCUUUGCGCUCUGGUAUGCAUCAGUAUCAUAAUAUGAGAUUCCUUUGGAUGUCGACUUGUAAGGUAACUCGCCAAGGUUGUAGGGAAAUUGCCCGUCAAAUCCCGGGUGUUAUUGUGGAAAUAUUUAAUUGGAAUCAGGUUGGGGAAGAGGGUGAGAAUUCUGAUCUCGUCGACACAUUGUACAUGUACCGAUCUCUUGAAGGUCCGAGGGCUGAUGCACCAAGAUUUGUGAAUAUCCUCUGAUCUUGUAGGAUUUGAAAUGUUCCAGCGUUACUGAGUUCUGAUAGUGGCUUCUAGCAGUGAGUGGCUUUUCUCUGCAAGGAAAUGUAAUUGCUGGAUAUUUGUACUUUUUUGCAUAUCGAUCAUUAAUCUUUUCUUAAUCAGUGCACUACAUGGGCCAUUAAAUGGGGGAAGCCCAAAAGACUGAUGGGAUGACAUGGAUAUUGGUGUAUUGGUAAGGUUAGUUAUUUCAGCUAGGUUUUUUUAAUUAUUAACUUAUUGGCUUUGGAAAUUACUGAGGGGAAGUCUUUUUCUGUUAUUCAACUGCUUGACUGCUCUAGGCCGAGUGUGGUACACAUGUGUUGUUUUACAUGUAUGCCAUUCACCGAUAGAAUGUUGGUGGUGGAGAUGAUGAAACCAUGUGUUUUGGUCUAUAUACUCUAUUUUCUGAAUGCUUUGAAAUGUUGAAAGACUGAUGAAGUCUGCUUUUGUUCA